AUGGGAGAGGAGGGAACAGAGGAUGGAGUCAAAUCUCAGCUUAAAGACACUGCCCAGGAAUUUUUGUUCAAACCAGCUGUUGUUGACCAGGUCAAUAUUGAAGGGUAUUGGAGAACCAAAAAAGACAUUUUAAUUCCAGGCAUUAAAAGAGUUUUAGAGGCUACAACAUUCAAAGAGCUGCUAGAUUUGGCAUUUGAGGCAAAAAAUAACCUUAUGGACCUUGGAAUAUUUAAUGAAGUUGAUAUGCUCAUUGAUACAAGCUCAGAUCACUCCGUGCACCCAAAUGGAUAUGAUGUCACAUUUCAAGUAAAAGAAAAGAGAUUACUCACUAGUAGUACAGGAACUCAAAUUGGUAACAGUGAAGGCAACAUGUUGUUUGGUUGCCGCCUUAACAAUGUAUUUGGGCGUGCAGAACAAGUCAAAGCAGAUCUCUCAUUUGGAACAAGAACUAGAAUGUCCUAUCAACUUGCGUACUUUAAGCCAACACCUGGGACACCCGAAAGAAGUUUUACUCUUUCAGCCCAAAAAUCUACAACAGAUGUACCUAUGUGUUCACAUUGGGAAGCAACACAAGGACUCUCUAUGGAUUAUUCGUUUCCCUCCAUUAUUGGACAGCACUGCUUGUCCUGGGAAGGAACGUGGCGUGAAGUGACGGGGCUAGCAAAAAAUGCAUCUUUUGAAAUCCGGGAGCAAGCAGGCCAUUCACUCAAAAGUGCGCUCAAGGUGAAUAACUUAUUGCAUUUGUAUGAUAAGUUUAUUAAGUUUAAGUUCUUUAUUGAAUGGUGUCAGGGGCACGGUGAUAUAUAUGACUCUCUGUUCUUUUUCUUUUUUCAGGAAUUUGCAGGAUUAGGAGGAGAUGUAAGGUUUCUUAAGCAUAAUUUGGAAUACACACACAGUCUAGAACUCCUUCAAGAUGUGAUAUUAUCAUGGUCAUUUCAAGGAGGAAACCUUCGACCAUUAUUUGGUACACCCACAAGAAUAAACGACAGAUUUUUCCUUGGUGGUCCACUUUCCGUGCGAGGAUUCAGCACAAAAGGGAUUGGGCCGAGAAGUGAAAAUGAUUCCCUCGGCGCGGAUGCUUACUGGUCAGCAGGCCUCCAUCUUUACACUCCUUUGCCGUUCAGACCUGGACGAGGUGGCCUGAGUGACAAUAUCAAAACGCAUUUCUUUCUCAACACUGGCAACCUAGCUUGCCUCGACACAACUUUACCGUGGAGGAAUAGGCUAGAUGUGCUGAGAGAGAAGAUUCGCUGGUCCUGUGGAGCCGGGCUGGUGUUCCUGCUAGGAAUUGCUCGCGUGGAGUUAAACUAUUGCGUUCCUUUCGGAGCACAAAAUUCCGACAGUGUAAACCAUGGAAUUCAAGUCGGUGUUGGAAUCAACUUUCUUUGAUGAACGCUCUUCAGCAGUCACCAAGUCUCCAAUUCUGGACAUUUGCUCUUCUGUCACAGAUCACUGGGCGACGUGCUUAAUCUAAAGGUUACGUGAUAAAGAACUACUACCUUAAGAUCCGUCGUCAUGUCCGCAGCCAAGGGGAAAGAAAAAGCUUUGCCUACAUUUAGGGAAAUCAACGCAGUGUUUAAAUGGACUAUUUCACAGUUAAUCAUUUGUUUCUGGUUUUUGCCGGUGAGCCAAGCAUUGGGAAACUAGCGAUACGGUUACAGUAAUAUCUCAAAUGUUAAUGUCAGAGCUUUAUAGAGUGGUCUGGUGUCGCGUCACAUGAGAAUACAGACUGGAUUUCAACUCCAAAAGAGCGAUUUUAGUGUUUCAUAUAGUUACAUGGCGUUUUAAUGAAUGGAAAUUGACUGACUUCUGGGUUACCUGCAAUGUAAAGGCUUUGUUAGCCAACUUGUGCAGCCGAUCUCAGGCCACGAUUGACAAACAAAGACAAACUGAAGAAAGGAGUACUCAAAGUAAGCAAAUCCUUACGCCGCGGAGCGUACAUCGGGACAAUGUAGGAGCAAUGUAGAAAAUUGGAUAAAUUGUUUAAUUUAUAGUAAAAAUCAGUUCAUGUCAUUUUGAUGAAUAGAAUGGCUGUUGUUUUUGUCUCUUA